UUUUUUAUUUGUAUUAAUUAAACUAUUAAACUCAGUAGGUCUUUCAAAAAGACUGUCUCAUGAUUCCCACUACAACUUAUGAAUAAUACAAAAUGUAAAAGUAAAAAUGACAAAUUUGUGGAUAGGUUAAAAAAGUAUACGCUAAAGGCCGAACAAUCACAUUUUUCAAUCCCACAAAACCUUUCUCACUCUCACAAUCUCACUCUCUUUUUCUCCUUUACCUUUUUAAACCUUUCCAUCUUCAUCAAUGGCGGCAUCAUUACAAUCCCCACUCUCUGACCCACAAAAUGAUGAUGAAUUAGUAAAACUCGAAACUGAAACUCAGAAACUGUACUCAUCUUACCUAGGAGUUAGUUUUGCAGUAUUUCUAUCACUUCUACCGAAGAACGCACUAUCACUACUCCCAACUCUUCAAUCCAGAAACCAUUACCUUCUUCACCGUCUACGAACCUCAGAAGAGGAACUUUCUCAGCUUAGAUCAAGACGGCAGGAAGAUUCCAAAGCCAAUGCUCGGGUAGUCGAGAUCUUUGCUACCCAUCGGAAUGCUUGGCAACAAGAAGAACGUCGGUUACUCCGCCGUCUGGAUGAAUCAGCUGAAGAGAUCUCCCGGCUUCGGUCUCGUCUUGCUGAGGCUGAAGCUCAUGAAGACCAACUUCUUUCUGAGGCCGAAAAUUUGAGGCGGGAAGUUGGGGAGCGAGAUGAGCUUCUUAACUUCAUGUCUCGCCAUAAAAGCAGUAGCAAUGAUGGUAAUGGUGGUGAAAAUGCGGAAAGUGUGGAAAGUGAGGAUGAGGGUAGUAAUGGUGGUGUUGGUUCUUUAAUGUUUGGGAAUUUGGGUGGGGAUUUUGGUUUUAAUGAUGGGUUUGAUUCUAAUUAUUUGCCUUCUGGUUCUAAAUUCUGGGGUGAAAGUCAUCCUCCUAAUUCAUGGCAGGACAUACAAUAUGAAUCGAUUGAUCCCUCACAUCAUGUGAAACAUUUUGUAGUAAGGAGGGAGUCCCCAUGGAAAGUUGACGGUGAAUCAACUGGUGUUCCAUCCAAGCUGAAAGUGCUUGAAGAAGAGCUGCUAAAUUUGGAAAAAGUAGGGAAGAGCAAUUCACCGAAGGUCAGUUCAUCCAUGAGAAAGCAAGCAAAGCGAUAUCAAGACCUUGCCGCAAAGAUUGACGAACUUUGCAGGAGAAUGCAAGCUAGUGAUCCGAGUGAACCUACACUGAGUUCCGAGUUUCGAUCACAACGACAAACAGAGUUUCUACUCGAAGCAUUUCAGCUGCAACAACGUGCUUCAGAAACUGGAAAGAAGCUGCUGUCAUUACAAACCGAGAUAUAUACUAGUUUCAUCGGAAACGAGCUGGGCGUUGAAACAAAAGUCGCCAUGAGAAGGUCCCUUGAUAGCAUCCGGACCAACUUCAAAGAAAUCCAAAGGAAUUUGGAAGUAUGGUUGGCGAGAAUCAUGGGUGACCUUGAAGGAAUUCUAGCUAGAGACGGUGCAUCUCGUUCAAGAGACUAUUAUUACCCGAGAUAUCCAUAUGUUAAUAAUUACAACUAAUUGCUAACUAUGAUCUUGUAUUGUAUUUAAUGUUUUUCUGAUCCUUGAGCUAAGAAAUAGUGUAAGGAUGUCAUGUAAAAAUGCAGUUGUUCCAAGCUUAUAGUGGAUCAGUUAGGUCGGUAAAUAAUUCCUUUGAGAUAUGAUCUUCCUCCUGACCCUGAUUAACAUUUUGAGAAGCUUGUAUGUUAGCUUGGUUUAAUUUGUACUCAAGUUGUAAACAUUAAUUCUUUUGGUGGUUAAAUCAAUCUGACUAGUGAAAUAUUACGUCUCAUGGCAUUCAUUAUCA